GGUGACCGGCUGGCCCUCCGCGAAAUGAUGACCUGGGACAGAAGCCCCCUCUCGCCAGGAGACUCUGGUCUUCGCUACGCCGGCCUGCAGCCCCCGCGGGGCCAGGCCCCGUCGGUCUUCGCCCCGCCCCCGUCUUUCAUUGGCUCCCCGGGGACACGUGGGGAAGGAGGCGCGGACUCAGUGGCUUCCGCCCGCGUCCGGCGUUCGGUGGGGAUGAGAGGCCCGCGAACUCGGGCUUGGGGCCGCAUGGACACCCUGGUGCCGGGUCGGUGGCGACGGCGGAGGGCGGAGGAGCUUCAGGUUCCGGGGGACGCGAAACGGGCAUGCAGGAGAGUAGAAGCCGCCGGGCCGGAAUGGGGCUGCACCCCCGCGAAGCUCAGCGCCCUGAUGUCUUGGAGUGGCGGGGGGCUGCCACGUGUGGGGAUUCCUCAGAACGGUGGAAGGAGCUCAGCCCAGCCUUGCCUGAGAUGUAUUGCGGGGGAGUCUGAGAAUUUCUGCAUGUUAUGCUGCAUUCCAUGGUGUAAUCCUGAACAACGGUGAAGUCAAAGAUCUAGCAAUUGGAACUUACUAUAUUUUAGGUUGAUUCCUGUAACAGCCACUUAUGCCCUAGAAUACAAAUACAUAAUGUUUACCCUGAGAAAUGUGGCCCCAUUAUGACUAAAUUGUGUUAGUGCUGGUGACUCACUGGUAACCUUCCUUGUUCUCAUCCCAUUUCCAUGGACUGUAUCUUUCAAAUCCCCCCAUCUGCUGGGCAAACACUUGGAACGUAAUAUGGAUUCUUAAUACUCCGAGACGUUGUGUUCUGUCAUGAAUGGCUUAAAGAAAAAAAUUUGGCUCAAGCAACUGAUUGGAUCAUUUUAGCUAAUAUUUUGUUUGAACAACAGUUUCUAUUUGAUUAGGAUUUUUCCUUCCUUUGUAACUCCCCAAGCUUGCCUCUGUUCUGUUUCAUAGGAAAUGAAUCUGUGAGCAGAGAACCUAUAUUGAUAUGUAAAUACAUCAUUUUUUCCUUGGUGCUCAAAAUUCUUUUCAUCUAAAUUUCAGAAACCGACUUUAAAAAAUCAGUUUCCCUUUAUCUGUAGUUAUUCUCAAUAAAAUUUCACCCAAGCUUGGGUGAUUUAAUAUUUACACCCACUGUUACAAAAGUCUUAUGUAAAUAAAGAUUGAAAUGUGAAUUUGAAAAGUCACACCUCUUGAUAUUUGAACAGACUAUAGGUGCAUAUAUCUUCUUUUUCUAAUAACAUGGCUAGUUUCUCUCCUAAGCUUUUAAAAUAAUAAGACACUAUUUUUAUAUUCUGGAACAUCAGAAGGUUCAGUGCUAAAUAAAAAGCAAAUAGUAUUUUUAGAAAUGCGAG